AUGGAUCAGGCUCUAGCACGCGCUGUGAGGGACAAGCAGCCGGUCCCGGAGAUCGAUUUCACAUUGCACACGAUGGAGGACAACACGCAGGUGUCGACAAUGGAGAGAGUUGUCAAAGAGGUUCAAGCGCCUGCUCUGAGCUAUCCUCCGGAUGAUAUGUUUUGGUCGCCGGAAGAUCCCUCUAAGCCCAAUCUCCAGUACCUCAAGCAACACCUCUAUCGCGAAGGUCGUCUCUCAGAAGAACAGGCACUAUGGAUUAUUCAUGCCGGUACACAGGUCCUGAAGGCUGAGCCCAACCUGCUUGAAAUGGAUGCGCCCAUUACAGUGUGUGGCGAUGUCCACGGUCAGUACUACGAUCUGAUGAAGCUGUUCGAGGUCGGUGGUGAUCCCUCGGAGACAAGAUAUCUAUUUUUGGGUGACUAUGUCGACCGUGGUUAUUUCAGUAUCGAGUGUGUUCUCUAUCUCUGGGCAUUGAAGAUCUGGUAUCCCGAUUCACUAUGGUUGCUUCGAGGUAACCACGAAUGCCGUCACUUGACAGACUACUUCACUUUCAAGUUGGAGUGCAAGCACAAAUACAGUGAAAAGAUCUAUGAGGCGUGUUUGGAGUCCUUCUGUGCGCUGCCGCUGGCGGCGGUCAUGAACAAGCAGUUCCUCUGCAUCCACGGCGGUCUCAGCCCCGAAUUGCACACCCUCGAAGAUAUUAAGGCUAUCGAUCGUUUCCGCGAGCCUCCAACUCACGGACUCAUGUGUGACAUUCUUUGGGCUGACCCUCUAGAGGAAUUUGGUCAAGAAAAGACAGGCGAUUUCUUCAUCCAUAACAGUGUCCGCGGCUGCUCCUACUUUUUCUCUUACCCAGCGGCAUGUGCAUUUUUGGAGAAGAACAAUUUGUUGUCUAUCAUCCGAGCGCAUGAGGCCCAGGAUGCCGGUUAUCGCAUGUAUAGAAAGACACGAACCACUGGCUUCCCUAGUGUGAUGACUAUCUUCAGUGCACCCAAUUAUUUGGACGUUUACAACAACAAGGCGGCUGUCCUCAAAUAUGAGAACAAUGUGAUGAAUAUCCGCCAGUUCAACUGCACCCCGCACCCUUACUGGCUGCCUAACUUCAUGGAUGUCUUCACUUGGUCUUUGCCGUUCGUUGGUGAGAAAAUCACGGAUAUGCUCAUCGCUAUUCUUAACACCUGCUCGAAGGAGGAGUUGGAAGACGAGACCCCGACCUCGAUUUCCCCCGUCGAACAUAGGGACAAGGAUCCGAUCUCGCCUCCAUCAAUGGACCCCGACUCCCUCGAGUUCAAGAGACGGGCUAUGAAGAACAAGAUUCUUGCAAUUGGCCGCCUCUCUCGUGUCUUCCAGCUUCUCCGCGAGCAGUCCGAGAGUGUUACUGAACUGAAGACGGCGACUGGCGGUCGUCUUCCCGCUGGAACUCUCAUGCUGGGUGCUGAAGGCAUCAAACAGGCUAUUCACAACUUCGAAGAUGCCCGCAAGGUUGAUAUCCAGAACGAGCACGUGCCUCCUAGCCAAGAAGAGGUCAUCGCGAAGAGCGAAGAGAGCCGUCGCAUAGCCCUGGAGCGGGCGGAGCAUGAAGCUGCCAACGAUGCGGGACUCGCCACAGUCGCCCGGCGGAUCAGCAUGUCUGCUGGCUCCGGUCGCCCUCAUCCUCGACAGAGAGAUCCUCCUAGCGAUGCCUGA